AGGAAGGAAACAGCAUGUGCAUACACCAGUUAGCGACCAAUGGAAUACAAAGCUAUGCAUUUCUUUCCAGCAGGAUUAGUAAAAUUUGUGCAGCAGCAACAGUCCGUUAAGAGGAGAUGGCUGCAGUCUAGUACUUAUUGUUGUUCAGUCUCCAAGUCAUGUCAGACUCUUCACGACCCCGUGGACUAUAGCACACCAGGCUUCCCUGUCCCUCAACAUCCUGAAGUUUGCCCAAGUUCAUGUCCAUUGAAUCAGUGAUGCCAUCCAACCAUUUCAUCCUAAUUGUCUAAUAUUGAACAAUCUUUAUUAUAAAACUUUGAGGGUAGUACAUUUCUGGAUGUCAGUUCUAGCUGCAUUUAUUGUUACAGUGAAACUGAAAGAAUUUUAACCAUUAAAGUAAAUUUUAUACCUGAGUAGCUUUUGUAAGACAGUAGAAUUCUCUCAUGUCUUUGGAGCAUCACAUGCUUCCUACUAUGGCAUGGAGAAGUAUGAGCUCUUUAGUAUGAGCUAUACUGCAAGCCAUUUUGCUUUCAGAUAUGUUUUCUUUUAUUAAACCAAUCCAAUAAGCCCUCCAGUACGAUUUUCAGAAGAGAGUGUAGCAUGGUGAAAGAGUCUAGGUUCAGGAAUUAGCCCUGGUUAGUCGCUCAGCCUCAUCACUUAUUCUGCACAACCUUAGGCAAGGGCCUUAAUCUCACUCAGCCUGAAUUUCCUUAGUUGUAGAACAGUGACAAUACUUACAUGUCAAUCCUGAAAUAUGAUGAGGAUUUUAUAUUUUAUUAUUUUAUUUACAUAUUUUAUAUCCAUAGCAUCAUUAAUAUUAUGCUAUACUAUCUAAUAAACAGAUAUGACAUUAAUAACAUAUUUUGUGAGCACCCACAAUGUACCAGAUACGGUGUUAACACUUAAUAUAUCACAGGAUACCUGGCACAGAGCAGGCACUCAACUGGUAGCUAUUAAGUCAUAUCCUUGUUCUAAAUACGUGUUUCAUGUUUUAGACAAUGUUUCAUGCCCUAGGCAUCCAAAGUUAUGGCACACUUAUAUAAAAUAUACCUUCUCUAAUUUAGACCAAAUCCUCCUUAAAGGAACUCUACUAUCUAUAGAUUUUACACGCAUUUUCUUAUCCUGCGUCAAGCUAACUAUUCUCUCUUAUUUAGCACUACUAAUAUACUGCACAUACCAAACUGGCCUUAUGACACUUGACAAAGGAAACCACUAUCUGUUGCCAUGUGUUCGGUACUGUGCUAAGAGUACCAUGUAUAUUAUCUUUAAUCCUCACACUUACUCCACAAGGUGUAAGGAUUUUUUUUUUUUUUACAGUUGACAAAAUGAAGUCAUGAGAAGUGAUUAUCAAGGACACAGAGAUAUGUAACUGUAAGGCCGGGAAUGAAACCAGGUUUGUAAGGUUCCAGAGCCCACACUCUUAAAAAUGACCAGGCUGCCUCUAAUUACCUUUAUUAUUAACAGGACUUACGUCUCCUGUAUUUGGACCCAGACAAGUUACACAAUUCUACUUCUGAGGAAAGUUAAAGGGUGAAAUAUGAUAAUUUUUAAGUACCUACUACAAACAAGUGAAGUACCAUGCUUUCUUGCAACAAGUAAUUUUGAAAAAGAGUCAUUAAAAUGAGAUUUCUAUUUGCCAGUCACAAAUACCAGACCAAGAGAGGCUUUAGGAGCUUGUACAUUUAAAUAAUAUAACACCCACUGCUUUUUUCCAAACCAUAAAGCACAAUAAUUUGAUGGAGGACCAAAGGACAUCAGUGAAAUAAUUAAAUAUUUUUAAUCUACAACUUUAUUAAUAGAAAGCAGUACAGUGUAGCCAGUUUUAGGAUUGAAUUCCUGCUACUCCACUACUUCUUGGCUAUGUGACCUAGGUCAAGUCACUGAACAUGUCAGAGCCUUGAUUUCCUCAGCUGACAAGCCCAACUUGGCAGGGUGAGAAUUAGGGAUAAGGGAGGUAAAUCUCCCAUCAUACUGGCUAAUAAGACAGCAGGCAGUUUGUAAACUUUAAGUCCAGGACAGGAAACCAGGUGAUUUAGAGUUCCUAGGAAGAAUAGCUUUACUGAAAAAGAAAGAAAGAUUUAUAGAUAUCACAUCAAUUGUUACAAAGUAGUGGAUAUUAUAAAAGUACUCAGAGGUUCCAGAAAUGUCUAGCCUUUUAAAUUGCUUAUUCUCCAGCAUAUGUACUCAAGUAACUACAAAUAUGCUAGGAAAAUCUCAAAAAAAGGGCGAGGGUGGGUGGGAGGGAAGGCCAGUACAUCUAAACACUAAAAAGAUACAAAAUAAAUAUCUGCCCAAUUCCAGGUCAAAUCACUAUUAAUUUCCUCAUACAAUCCUCUUACUUACCAGUGGUUUAUAAAAAGAGAAGAAAAUAAUGUAUUCAGGAGCAGUACACAUUGAUUUAAAAGGUUAGAAGUCAGAAUUCCCCAUUUUUCUCUCUUGAUUGCUAAUAAUAUAUUUGUCUCUGAUAAUUUGAUCAUCCCCUCUCCCACACUUUUUCUGGAAGAUUGAUAAUCCUCAAGCAAUGUAAAACCCAGCAGUAAACAGACAUAUGGGCAGAAACAGCAUGUAGAACUUUUCAUUUCAAAAGCCUGAAAGCACUUGCCAACAAGAAACAUCCUAAACUUCUCCUCCUAGUCACUUUGUAGUUUGAGAGAGCAAAGAGGCCUAGCCACUUGGUUAAGCACAUAUUAUAGGGAAGACAAAGUAAAAACAAGGGUAGAAAGACCAGCACAAGCUGUUAUAAAGAAAGGCAGUGGUGUGCGGGGCGGGGCUUAUACCGAAAUCACAUGUUUGGAAGGGUGGGGGACAAACCACGCAAUUUAGGAUGCUCAGUCAACAGUUUUCAAGCUGCAAAAACAACUUGAGAAGUGGAAUGGAAUUAAAGGAAAGGCUGCACCUAGGGCGGACAGGGAGGGGAGGAAGGGUCACACUCUUCGUAAUAUGUGAUCCGCGGCGAGGGCAGGUCUCGUUUCUUUCCCACUCUACUAGUCCCCUCCCUGUCUUCUGCUGCACCGAAAGAACACGGUAAAGCACGUGAAGGUAGUUGGAGUCCCCUAGGAAUGGAUAAAUUCGUCAUUCGAACACCCAGAAUCCAGAAUAGUCCUCAGAAGAAAGAUCCUGGAGGAAAGAUUUACAAGCAGGCCACCAUUGAAUCUCUGAAGAGAGUUGUGGUUAUAGAAGACAUAAAAAGAUGGAAAACUAUGUUGGAGCUUCCUAAUCAAAGCAAAGAGAAUCUAGUUGAAGCCUUACGAGAAUUAAAGAAGAAAAUACCUUCCCAAGAAGUGUUAAAGUCAACAAAGAUAGGUCAUGCUGUGAACAAGAUGCGUCAACACUCAGAUUCAGAAGUGGCUUGUCUUGCCAGAGAAGUUUACACUGAGUGGAGAACUUUCAUGGAAAAACAUGUCAAUAGACCUUCCAUAGAAGUCCGAAGUGAUGUCAAAACUGAGACAUUUAGGAAAAAUGCCCAGAAAUUACUCUCAGAAGCCUUGGAAUUAGAGAUGGAUCACCUACUGGUUGAAAAUAUUGAACGGGAAACGUUUCAUCUCUGCUCCCGCCUCAUUAAUGGGCCAUACCGGCGGACGGUGAGAGCCCUGGUCUUCACAUUAAAGCAUCGAGCUGAAAUCCGGGAGCAGGUGAAGAACGGCAUGCUGCCAGUCGGCACGUUUGUACAGACCCACAAAAAGUGACCUGAGGGUGGUUCCAGCACUGGGCUGGGCAGAAAGGAAAAUGGGCCUCUCUCUGCCAUUCAAAGAUUCUUUUGAGUUUGGGCAACAGUUGAUGCUGGCUGUGCUAAAUUUUCCCAUGGUGCCAUUCCUUCAGACAGAGGAUGCAGAGCCCUGGAGACAGGCCUGCAGGAAAUGCUUCAUUAGCUGGAGUGCGCUGGGGCUGCCUAACAGGACGAGUGCUCGCUGUCACUAGGAAGCGCAGUACGGUUGCCAUCACCCAACACAGUGAAAGGGUGACGGAUUUCACUGUGAGUAUGCCAAGGACACCUCUAAACUUCCCCCACGUCAGGCAGAUGAAGUUACUGCUUUAUUUCACCACCCUGCAGGUAACUGAAACUCAAUUACCGCUGCUGCUCACUCGGUUCCAUCCCCCCGAGUUUAGAUAGCUCCAGUGCCUCUCAGAACUCCCCUGUCUGUUCUCUUUGCGCUACCCCAGGGGUGAGCCUGCCGGAGCCCGCCAGCUACCCCUUCUUUCCAGAACUGACUUAUCUGAACGUUUCAGCUCUCCCUGGAAGACCUUCCGCGCAUUGGUCUCCAGAGCCCCCAUGCUGGGGUUUCUAAUGAGGAGCUGGCCUGAAGCAUGCCCACUCCUUGGAGUUUAUUUGAAUAUGCUGGCUGCCUCCAUUUAGGGCUCUGUAGAAGAUACAAAAUGAAAUUGCUCUUGAAAUGAAUUACUGUAAGAGAAAAAUUAUAUACAUAUGUUUUUUAAAACAAAAUACCUGUAUAUAGGCUUGCUUAAACAAUUAUGGAAAUGAUACUUGCUUUUUUUAAAAAAAAUAAUAAACUGGGGCUUUUUUCCCCUAAAACCAAA